AUGGCCUCGUCCGCCGCCUCGACCGUGACGAAGCCGUCAAAGCGCAAGGCCGCCUCCGCCAACGGCGCCGCCGCCGGCAAGCUCACCACCACGGAAGCCCAGCAGCAACCGACCCCGGAGACCAAGGAGCGCGACUUCUUCUGGACUUACACCGAAGAGCCGCACCGCACUCGCCGUCUGGCCAUCAUCAAGGCUCACCCCGAGGUCACCAAGCUAUGCGGCCCCGAGCCCCUGACGAAAUACGUCGUCGCCGGCGUCGUCGCCAUGCAGGUCUUCUGGGCCUGGUUCCUCCGCGACACCCCCUUCUGGUCCUGGAAGUUCUGGGCCGUCGGCUACGUCUUCGGCGCCACCGCCAACCAGAACCUCUUCCUCGCCAUCCACGAGAUCUCCCACAACCUCGCCUUCCGCUCCCCGCGCGCCAACCGCCUCUUCGCCAUCUUCGCGAACCUGCCCAUCGGCGUGCCGUAUAGCGCCUCUUUCAGGCCUUACCACCUCACCCACCACAAGUCCCUCGGCGUGGACGGCCUCGACACCGACCUCCCCACCGCCCUCGAAGCCGUCUUCUUCGACUCCAUCCUCGGCAAGGCCUUCUUCUGCACCUUCCAGAUCUUCUUCUACGCCGUCCGCCCCAUGACCGUCUACGCCAUCCCCCUGACCCCGCUGCACUACCUCAACAUCGCGGUCCAGCUGGCCUUCGACUACGCAAUCUACUCCCUCUGGGGCGGCCACGCCGUCCUCUACUUCCUCCUCUCCUCCUUCCUCGCCGGCUCCCUGCACCCGCUGGCCGGCCACUUCAUCGCCGAGCACUACGUCUACGAGACCGUCUCCCCCGCCCAGAAGGACCCGGCCAACGGCGUCCCCGUCCCCGAGACCUUCUCCUACUACGGGCCCCUGAACUUCCUGACCUACAACGUCGGCCUGCACAACGAGCACCACGACUUCCCCGCCGUCCCCUGGACCAAGCUCCACGCCCUGCGCGAGAUCGCCAGCGAGUUCUACGAGGACCUCCCCUACCACCGUAGCUGGACGUACGCCAUCUGGCGCUUCAUCUUUGACGAGCAGGUCGGAAUUACCUGCCGUGUCAAGAGGAAGCAGGGCGGACGCAUGGUUGGCGGCAACGCCAAGUGGACGCGCGAGGAGAUUGAGGCUUAG